CUGAUUGGUUAUCUAAUUUAAAUGUAUUCCAAAUCUAGAAGAGCAAUCAUUUUACGGCUGUUGAUGAAGUAGUUGUGGAAUUUUAUCAUCUUUAUAAUGACCGUGUCGUUUAUGAUGGUAUAUUGAGGUAAUUUCUAUCAAUUUAUUAUACUGAUUAUGACAAAAAUAUUUUAUAAAUGGAUUAUUAAUUUACAAAUUAAACAAACUACAUUGAUGUUGUCCUUAUCAAAUACACAUAGGUAAUCCAUAUUCAAUUUCAAUGAAUGGAAUUAAAUUUAAUUCAGAUCAAAAUGGUAAUCAGUAUAAUGAUAAUAAUAAUUACAUAGGACUAUUGAAUAAUCAUACUACAUUAUUUCCUACUAAUUAUAAUAAUACUAAUUUAUUAAAUUUUGAACAUAUUUCUGAUAACAUUAAUGAAGUUAAUGUAGGACCAUUAUUAAAACAAUUACAAUGUGUUAUUAGAGAAUUAGUUGAAUCAGAAUCAGUUUAUUUAAAAAGUUUAUGUGAUAUUGAAGAGGGUUACUUAUUACGUUUAAAAACAAACCAAAGUGUAGAUCAACAAUUUCUCGAUGUCGUCUUUCAUAAAAUUUCAGAUUUACGAGUUUUUCACGCACAACUUCAUUCCGAUCUUUAUUUGAAUCGUGAAAAUUUUAUUCAACUUGGACGAGUAUUUCUAGUUAAUGCAAAACAUUUUGAAGAGCUCUAUGUGGAUUUUUGUCUUAAUUAUCCAAAAACUAUUCGUUUGCUUGAAGAAGCCCAAAAAUCUCGUACAGAUACUUGGAUAUGUCUUAACAAUUGUCAGUCAGAAUUACAACAUCAACUUCCUCUUGCCACAUAUCUUCUCAAACCAGUACAACGUAUACUCAAGUAUCAAUUAUUUUUACAGGAAUGUGUCAAACAUUUAAGUCAAAUAACAACAGAACUAUCAAAUUCGAAAUCUUCAGUACCAAGUAGAGAUUUAUCGAUUAGCAACACUGUAGGUCUUUCAGAAAGUAACAAUGAUCAGAAUAACGAUUUAUUGUUGGAGUUUUUCAAUCAUUCUAUUUAUACAUUAAGACAAGCAUUGGAACGUAUGAUUCAAGUCGCAGAUCAUAUCAAUGAACGUAAACGUUAUCGUGAAUUAUUAGAUCAACUUCGGAUUACUCGAUUAGAUGUAGAUAAUUGGGGUGAUCUUGUAUUACAUGAUCAUUUUCGUAUACCGGGUAAAAAAGACCUACGUCUUGUUCUCCUGUUUCAGUGUGCACUUAUCCUAUGUAAAUAUACACCGCCUACAUCUUCAUCCGGUAUCAGUUUGUCAACUUCCCAGUCCAUAACUAUCAAUGAUUAUUGGAGCAAUACAACUAAAACAAUGAAAUCACGCGGUGGAUCAGAUAGAGUAUCAGGAAAUUCUAGUCACAUGGUUUCAAAUGUUAGAUCGAUCGAAAUACGUGAAGUGAUUAGUUGUGCUAAUUUAAUGCUAGUUGAAUGUAUCGACAAAGAUCCAUUAGCAUUUCAUAUAUUACCAUUUGAUAAUCCUAAAGCACAACGUACUCUACAAGCAACCAAUUUAGAAAUUAAACGUCUAUGGUGUCAUGAAAUAAAACGUUUAAUAUUAGAAAAUUAUGAUGCAGCUAUUCCGGAAAGAGCAAAACAAAUUGUACUUAACAUGGAUGAUUUAACUUAUGGUCCACCUAUUAAAGAUAUAUCUGAUCUACCUAUGAGUUUAUGUAAUUUACAACAAGUUGGAAAAAAUGAUUUUGAAGAAGACUGUUUAAACCAAAAUUGUUCAAACGAUCGAGUACAUCGUAAGAGUGAUACAGCUCUUCCAGGUCUUCGAAGCUUUUUAAAUCGGCAAACAAACAAACAUUCAAUUUAUUCAAAUUCAAUUCACACACCUAAUCUAUCUUUGAAUAAUAAUAUCAAUGAAUGUAGAAUACCUUUAUUAGAAAAUGGUUGUAUGUUGAAUGGCAAGAAAAACGUCAUCGGUGAUAAAGUCUUACCCUGUGAUGAUGAUAUUAAUAAUUCAACUGAUAGACAUCUUGAUUCAUUAUUACACGAAGCCUGGGAGGAAAUAUGGGCUAAACAUCAGCAUUCACCAGUUAAAACAACUUUUGCAAAUGGUCAGUCAGAUUCUUUGGAAAACGGUAAUUUUCAUCAUUAUCAUCAGGAUAAUUAUAAAUUGGAUACAGAGAAUGUUUAUUCAUCUGAUUCAGUAGUAACAACAAAAGCGAAUAAUGAUGCAGACUUCCGGUGUAUUGCUGUCGAAAUUAAUGAAGAGAAAUUUGGUCUUUUAUCACCUGUCACUGUACCGACGUGUACUGUUAAUGAAAAUAAAAAAUAUUCAGUAUCUUCCCUAUCUAAAUUAAAUACAGAUUCUUUAAAUUGUGUAAAUAAUUCAGAUAACUACAAAUUUUCUAUUCCUACUUCAUCAUCUCCCUCAUCACAACAUUUAUUACAUUAUUCUUCACCUAAUUUUUCAAUCUGUCAGCGAUCAUCACCAACAUUAUUAUCUAAUAAAUCUGUACAUAGUCAUAAUCGUACAACUUCCGUUUAUAUUGACUGUCCAAAUACAUCAUAUUAUGAUGUAAUCACAUUUGGUCGAACUUAUGAACAGUAUAUUGCUAAAGCUCGAGCAAUGGUAGCUUUAUCUCCAAAAGAUUUAGAUGAAAUAUUCAGUCCAUUACGAGAAUUACCAUUUACUAAUCGUGAACAUCAAUUAUCACACUCUUCACUUCAUUAUCACAAUCAAGAUGAUAUAUUAUCUUCUAAUAUUAUCAAUGUAACAACGACUCAUUGUUCAACUGUCCCAUUAAUACUAAACACAAAUAUUAAUUCAAUGAAACAGUUAUCUGAUACUAAUUCGACAACGAUGAUCAAGAAUCGAAAUUGUUUAACUUCUGAUUUAAAAUUAUCUUUAACUAAUCUUACAUCUUCUAUAGAAGAAAAUAAUGGUAAUGAUAAGAGUAAUGAUUAUUGUUCUUCGUCUGGUGCUAGUUCUCCACGACAUUUAGUUAGUUGUAUCGCUGUAACACAUAAUCGAAACGGACUCAAUAGUAAUUUAGUAACAAAAAAUAUAACUGUGGUACCGAGUAACACCACUGCUACGCCAGCCGUAACAAUGGACAGUCGUGUAUCAGCUGCAAGAUCGAAUUCACUAUCAUCAGGAUUCCGAACAAGUGAAUCGAAAAAUAAUGUUGAUCUAGUCGAUAAUUUAGAUCGUGGACGAAGACGUUCGAAUCUUGAUUCAAUUGAUAGAACUAUAAAUCGUCAAAAUUCUCAUAUUCAUAUCAAUACUAGAUCUCCUUUAGGUUCACCGAAACGAUCUCAAUCACAUGUAUUUGUAUCAAAUGGUCGGUUAAAUAAAUCCGGUGUUUCUAAACCACCUAGAUUUGUAAGCUACAAGAGUCCACUGGAAUCUGUUGGGAAAUCACUUAAAGCUAACCAUAAUCAAUCAAUGGACCAUGAUAAGCAGUCGACACGAAACAUGACAAACAAUAUUUCAUCUUCCUCUCUGUUAUGUAAUAAUUCAUCAAAAGAAGUUAAUAGUGAUGAUGUAUUGAAUAAACGAGGACGUCGAAAGUCGCGUGCACCUGCUCCACCAAUUAAAUUAUUGGAGAAUACUGCUGAAACUACAACGAUGAUUAUGACUUCCACUACUGCUGUUACUACUACUACUGCUACUAAUACUAAUACUACUACCACUACGCUCAAAGCUCCAUUAGCAGUUUCCGAAUGUGGCAAAGAGUUUGAGGAUAAUGACGAUGAUAAAUGUUUAGAAUCUGUCUAUCAAGGUCGUGCACUUGCUGUAAAAACAUCUUUGUCAGCAAAAUCUAUAAAAUCAAAUAUUCCUUGUUUGACAACUUCGAAACAUAUUGUCUCUACUUCAUUUCGCAAUACAAUUAAUACUGUAAAUGGAAGUAAUACAGAGAAACCAGUCAAGCCACCACGAAAACUUAAUAAUAAUACAUCCUCUUCCACUGAAGCUCUGCAUAAAUCUGAAAAGAGUAUAUGUAGUCGAUAUUAUUCUCCAACUUUAAAAAGUCUUCAUAAUCCUUCAAUUUCACAACACAAGUUUCCUCAUGAUAUCCCUUCUCAACAUCGGGGUAUUGUGAAAAAUAUGAUAAGUAAAUUUCAGCAGCCUUAAAAUCUAGAUUUUUAUCCCUCUCAAUUGAUCUGCUUUCUAUCUUGUCAUUUAUAUUUUUUAACUGAAAGAAUCCAUCGCUUCUUGCUAACUAACUGCCUAACUGAUUCUAUGCUUACCGGUUUCUACAGAUUCUUUUUUAUAUAAUUUACAAAAUACUUCUAUUCAUUUAAGGUAACACUACUUAUAAUGAAUAAGUAGUUAAAAUUAUUUAGUGAAAUUAAUUUACUGUUUGUUUUUACAUAUGCAUUUUCAACAUAAAAACAUGAUUCUGAUUUGCUUUUGUCAAUAAUUCCCUGCUUAUUUUGGUGAAUAAAAAAGAGAGAGUUUUGUCUCUUAUUCAAAUGGAUACAUAUUUAUUAUCUACUGUUCAAUAAUAUGUACUUUUUCUUUCGUGUUUAUAAGUGUUUUGUUAUGAAUUUAUUGUUUCUUUGCAAAUAGUUAUUUUUAAUUUGUGUUCCCCAUUAUAUUUAUUCAGUUUCAUUUUCCUUUUUGUCCAUUUACUACUCAGUUUAUGAAUCGAAUUUUUUGGUUUUUUAGGAGUGGGCUAGGAGUAUUGGUUAUCGUAAUUGUUCUGUUUAUUAUUUAUCUAUGUUUCUUUUUUCACUUCUACGUUUUUUUUUCUUUUUUUGAAGUCACAGUUUAGGAUUUUCACUAUUUUUUUUUUCUGAAUGACUUCUGGAAGAGUUCAUGAUAUGUUUCCAUAUAGGAUUUAAAAGAAAUUUUGUUUAUCCAUGUGAUAUUUUAUUUAUUUAUGUAGUCAUAAUAUGUUUUGAGAAUAAAAUAUUCCUGGACACUGAUUGAUACGAUCAUUAUCACCACCAUCAUCAUCAUGAUCAUUAUGUCACUUACAGAUAAAUAAAAUAGGAUUAUACCCCUUCAUUUACUUUCGUUAAUUUACGAAAGAUUUCUUAUGCUCUAACGCUUUUUUUCAAUAUUUAAUAAAGAGUAUUUGUUAGCUUAUUAUGAAAAGUAUUCAUAUUGUAUCUGGGAUAAUAUUUUAACUUACAUAUGAUCUAUUAGUUAUAGUAAUGACUACAUGAGUCUGAAUGCGGUGAAUGAUUUCGAUUAUCAUUCAUUGUUGCAUAAAAUUUUAUUUUUGCUUUUCAUUAUGAAUCUAGCAUAAGGCUUUGGAUAUUCUAUAUAUUAUUGCUAAGUCAAUGAAAAACAAUGUAACUGUGAACCAAGUAAUUAAGUGUUAACAUAUGUGACUGAUACUAGAUAUAGAUUAGAAUCACGUGAAAAGCCUCAAUCAUCUCCUUAAUAUGAAGAUACCUUGAAUCGCAUAACACCUAGGUUAGAAGUUUCCGGUUAAUUCCUUCCAUUCACCUAACAAAAGAAGAAUUUGUUCAUACUUUUAUACUUCUCAAGAUCUAAGGAAAAUAUCAUCUAAAUAAAAAUGAAUGCAAAUGAUCUUCAACUCUAGGAAGAAAAGAAGCUCUCAGUUUUCAUUUAAAACGAAAACUAAUUGAUGAAGACUGGUUAAUUGUUCUUGUGUGGAGAUAAAGAUCUUUGUAGAAGAAUUCACUGCCCUGGUACGUCCAAGAGUGGGGAGAGCCAGCUCUCCUUCUACAAAUGCUCUCAUAUGGCCACACGUAUACAGCCACUCCCAAGGUAGUCAUACUCACUGCCUUCUUGCAGCGUUACUGUUGUUAACGAAAUUGAGAGGACGUAAAGUGAAUGUCCGGAGCUUUAACCAGGUUGGCGGAUACUGAGGAUCCACCUAGGUGAGUUGGAAAACCCUCAUUCCAAACCAGUGGUGAACAUUGGCUUCAAGAUCCCAAAGGAAAAGAUGGCGUAUGAACCAAUUGUUGGUUACCGGCUAUCAUGAGAAUGCAUCUCCUUACGUUGCUCCAUUGCGUUGUGGAUUAAACCUUUAGGUCAAAGUUUCGGGAUAUGGUCUCCUAAGAAAACCACCUACUUCGGUU